AUCCCCCAAAAAAGUUUUUUGAUUUGGUAUGGCCGCAUGACAAAUAGUACCGCUUUCAGCAUGUUCAGAUUAAAAUUAUGAUACGAUAUCAACCGCUUAAGGAAAUGUUCGUUUAAUAUAUUUCAAUUGAUAUAUGAUGAAUUUUUCAUGCUAGCUGUGCACUAAUAAAAAUGUUACCCAAGAGAUCACAACGCAAGACAGGCAAUGCAAUCCCCUUCUUACUUGCCUCAACUUUGAUGGGAGUUUUCUUCCCUCCUAUUUUAUCACGGGAAGACGCUGUGAUAAGCACAUCAACCAAGGUCGUUGGAAUUGUGAUUAUCCUCUAUACAGCAUUGUCUAUAUUCUGCAGAAGAGAAGAAUGGAUAACACACGACAUCCCCUUGUCUGGGGUGACGAAAACAAAGAUCGGAGUUCUAUGGAUUCUUGGAGUUUUUAAAUGUUUCUUUGGAUUUAUUCAUAGGGAGAUUAAUUGGAGAUGUGCGAAGAAUGAUGAAUACCAAAUAGUAAGAGACAUCGGGAAAUUUGUUUCAGUCGUAUUUACAAUUCUGCAAUCGGUCAUUAUUUUGUACUUUCAUAAGCAUUCAUUUAUAAACAGUAAAAAAAUAAGAGUUGUCAUAACCUCGAUGGUCGUUACAAAUUUGACUGUCUGGCUUACAGGGCUUGUAUAUUGUGUUACAGAAAAAACAAGUUUAGAUAAUUCAACCUAUAUAGAAGAAGUGCAUAACUGUACCUAUGUUAAAGAAAAUAAUUUAGAAACAUUGAUUCGAUACACAGAUAUCUUCAGACUACCUUUUGUUAUGGAAUUCAGUGUCCUUGCUACGGUACUGCUUAUAAGUACACCGAUAACAAAUGAAACGGAAACUUUCUCUGUGUCUUAUUCAUCAGAUUUUAAUCGGUACAAGGAACUUAAAGUAGAAGAAAAUAUUUCACUUACAAGGCUACAGAAACUGUCCUUAUCACUUGCAGCUUUUUUUCUAUGUAGCCCAUUUUACAUUUUUGAUGGUGUAUUUUUUAUGUAUGGCUAUACAUUCGAAAGCAGAUUACCUAUUUGGGAUUAUUGUCAUAUGGUAACAAAAAUGGUGUCAUUUCUGCUAGUUCUAAAAAUUUUCUAUACAUUGCAAAAGGAAGCUGUUAUCAAGACUACUAACUAUCACCCUAGUUUCAGCGAUGUGUCUUUGCUUGCAAGCUGCUUUGGUAUCACUGCAACAUCAGUUGUUAUUGUUUUCAUUCCAGAAGAGCAGAGUUUUUUAUCCUCAUUUCUUUGCAUACUUAAUAUUUUCCACAUCUUUUACCAAACAAUAUUAAUGUUCUUCCUGAAAGCGGUUAAUUUUCCGAGACGGAAUUCAAAACGCCUGACUAGUUUAAAAAUGUACCUUGCUAUUCUCAUCUGUUACAACAUCACUCUCUGGUUAUGGGAUUUCCUCGUUUACCUGGCGCUUAUAGAAAGCUUUACAUCGAAUUAUUUCUAUACAAGUAUUUAUUAUGUGUUUUAUCCCCUCCAAUCGUUUUACAGAUUCCAAUGUGCAAUGAAAAUGAUAAAUGUUUACUUGAAAUUGUGACACGCUUGAGCAAGAUUUACUUAAAGCGACACUGUGACGCACAAAGGGGAAAAUUAAAAAUGUAGAAUUUUUGCAUGACCCUUGUUAAUUUUGUUUAAUUCCUAAAAGUAUUAGGUUUCAGAAAAUUAUAGGUUUCAUAACCUAAAAAUUCUAUUUUUAGAGAGAAAAAUAAAAGUAAAAAUACUUUUAGUAUGCCCCAGACCGAAAAUAUUGCUCAAUACUUCUUCCACCCCAAUGUACGCGUGCGCAGAAAAGUUGAAUAAAUUUCCAUAGUUACCAUGGUCUCAUGUACCCAGGAAUGAAUGUAAGUAGACCAAAAAUUUAGAGGCAAUCUUUUUAAAACGUUGUUAGAACAUAUUUAUCACUUUUGCAUGUUCCAGCUGAAUGUUGUUUAAAAGUUUGAGCGUGACCUUGACAAACACAUAAACAGCGAAACGGUAGAUACAACCUUUGUUUUUCCGGCACUUAUAUCGUGCAGUUUUUUCUUGCAGUUUAAUUGUCAUAUCUUAGCUAUAUACUCAUAAUUUUCAUAAGUCUUUCUCUGUAUGCUACAGAUAUCUUAAAAGAAAGACCUGAUUUUGACUCAUUGUGUCCUUUUAACUAAACAGUAUUUAAGCUCAAGACAAAUCGGGAGCAGUAGAAACACAGACGUUUAAAAAUAUCAGUAGAUUAGUAACUGACCUCUGGAAACAUCAGUAGAUGUGGGACCAGGUACCAUUGAGGUUUAAGCAUCUCCUGUCGACCGAUCAAACACUUCUUGUCAUAAAUCAACAGAAUUGGCAAAAAAUAAUUAUUACAAAUUAAAGAUCAUGAGGUGAAUCAAAAACUCAAAUAAGACUUUCAUAUGCAAACAACCACUCACUGAAACCUGAUUCUUCUAUAUAAAGUGCAUAAUUAUGUCUGAUUUGAU